GCAAAUAUAGGCGCCUGCAGUUUCCCACGCUUCGUUAGUGUGGAAGAGAAAACGCAACAGAACGAACAUGCUUCGCAGGUGCCUGCUGCUCGCCUUGGUGGCCGCCCUGGCCGCUGGCCUCCCCACCGAAAGCCAGCUGACCACAGAAGAUACCACACAAGUGGUUCCUGAAAUCGAGGACGUGGAGGAGGAUACAGACGUGCCGAUGACGUCGACGGUGGAUCCUGCGCCAGCAUCGCCCGUUGUGCCGGAGGUGCCUGAAGAGUUGACGCUGAGCAACGCCAUCACGAACGGCGUGAGCAUGCUGAGCUCAAGCGUGCACAACGAGCCAGCGUGUCUGCGCACUGGGGGAAACUGCCUGCCGGCGAUCGAGUGUCCCGUUGGGGCCCUCAGCCCCCAGAAGGGUCUCUGCCCGGAUCAACAGGACCUCGGCGUUGAAUGUUGCCACGGACUUUCGCUGUUGGAGAAGCGCUGCACCAUGCGCGGCGGACAAUGCAUGAAGACAAGCCAGUGCUCACGUUCCUUGGUUGAGGACAGAGCCGAAGACUGCCCUGACGACAAAAUUUGCUGCGUCCUUGUCCGGUUCUGAUCAUCCAACAAAAAUCAUCCGUUUGUAAAUAGCGCAAAUAAAAGGUUUUCUAUAGCACACACCGUAGUAAA